CAUCGGGUCACGAGCAAAUAGCUAGCGCAUGCUACGUGCAAUAUGGGCAAAUUGGCACUAGGCUAAGGAAUGCGGCUGAGUUUGAUUCCUGAUCUGUGAGGACCACGUUUCUUCAUUUGUUUAUUACCAACUAUGGCGCCGUAAAAUGAAAUUCGACUUUGCAGUCAUCCAGCUAUAGUUUAGUAUUUUAGAGGAAUUCAGUUAUUAUACUAUAGAUCUAACUUUAAGGUGGAGUUAUUUGAAACAUUCUGCCACGAGUCGAGACUUGUCUGAGGCUGAGCUGAGUGAGUGACUGUGAUAAGUGUGAGCUUCACUUUUUGUGUUGUUUUUCGAAUAUUUGGAAAUCGACAUUGAUUAGUAAAAGCUGCAGAUUACACUUCACAGGUACAUCUAAAUAUCACAAAAUUUGACAAAGAUAUUCUGGAUCUUAAUCCAAGCAUUGGAUUGAUGUAAAGCUGAGCCUUUGAUCGGCAGUUCCUGACAGCAAGAAUCUCAAGCUGACAGUCACCACGACGGCGCAUUGUAGCACAACGCUUUACCAGAAGUGGCCACCGGUCACUGUACCUACCUGUGAGUGGAAGACGGGAGGUGCUUCACCAAGAGCAACUCAUUCCUGUAGCCUCAUACCUACAGGCUGAAUAAAUCUUCAAGAAGAUGGGCAACGCAGCAGCGAAGAAGGACGGUAAGGAUGGCUCGUCUCUGUCUCCUACCAAGGAAUCUUCAUCCUUUGAUUUCAAGACAGGCAAGAUACCCAUCAUCCAGCAGCAAUCUCUGGAUGACAGUAUGGAUAUGCCUUCAGGUAGAUUCAGGGAAUUGAUGCGUGAUGAUGGUCCUGACGGCCGGCCUCGCACAGCAACCCUGCUAGAGCAGCCUUACGUGGAUCCCAAUGCGCUGCCUGUGGUGUUUCGUUGGGAAGGAGGAGGCAAGUCCGUGGCUGUUGCUGGAUCAUUCAACAACUGGAACACCAAGAUUCCUAUGAUCAAGAGUCAUGGUGACUUCACAGCUAUUGUUAAUCUUCCUGAGGGUCAGCAUGAAUACAAGUUCUUUGUAGACGGUCAAUGGAUCCACAACCCACGCCAGAUGCGAACCUCACCCGAGUCCGAAGAACCUCUACAGAGCAACACAUUUGGUACAGUCAACAAUUUCAUCAAUGUCUCCAAGUCUGACUUUGAGGUAUUUGAGGCUCUUGCCAUAGAUUCAUCGAGGGAAAAGGGAGUGGAUAUGUCAGGGUCCCCUCCGGGUGACUACAACCAGGAGAUCCCCAGUCAAGAACUACAGCAACGUACCACCGGUCCUCCUAUCCUACCCCCUCAGCUCCUACAAGUCAUACUUAACAAGGACAUUGGACCCCAGUAUGAGCCAGCGCUAUUGCCCGAACCAAACCAUGUUAUGUUGAAUCACCUGUAUGCCUUGUCAAUAAAAGAUGGAGUAAUGGUGCUUAGUGCGACACAUCGCUAUCGAAAGAAAUAUGUGACAUCUCUUUUGUACAAGCCAAUAAACUAGCUCUAAUACUUACUAUAUUGUGUAUUAUAAAAUGAAUAUAAAUAAAUAUAUAUAUAUAUCAGUGUGGAUUUCUUGUGUACUGUAUUUAGAAAGACUUUAAAUGAGACGAAAUCUCUCGUGGCGCAAAUCUUCCAUGCAAACAGAGUUUAUCUUUGACAAAAUUGUAUCGUAAAAGUAUUGUUUGUUGUUAAACUGUCUUGAAAAGAUAGUUAUUGUGUGACUGUUGUUACUUAAUUGAAAUGUGUUCUAACCUAAGUACAUAUAUAUCCCCCCCCCCAGUCUAAAAACUUGCUGAGUUCCCUAUUGGGCAUUUUCAGCCCCAUUUUCGCUUCAUAUUGCUUUAGGUAUUUAAAUAACAUGAAUUAAAGGCAUUAUGUGCAAGUAUUGCAAAUAGAAAUAUUUCCGGGAGUGCAUUUCAUCAAAGGACUGAUGUCAUGUAUGACAUAGUCUGUUUCAUUGGAUAGUUACCAUAGUAAUGAUCAAACACCAAUGGUUCUCGGCCAAUCAAAAUCAAGGAAAGUUGUCAGAUCUAACAACUCAUCAUGCCAGAUGAAGAAUGAGCUGAGAUUGACAAAUCAACUUCAACUAUUUGGAAGUCCACCAGUGUCACAACUUUUCAACCCUUUUUUUUUUAAAGGAAGAGCUAACUGAAAUGUCAAAAGAUAAAUGUUUGACUAAUCAUUAUAUUCAGAAAACAUUAGCAAACAUGCCUUUUAUAUGUUGAUGUUCCUGGCUUUCCAUAGUUGUUGAUCGGAUCAAAUUGCAACUCUUUGUAAGUCAGGGCUCUGAUAAAAAAAAAUUCAAAAAUUGUUUGUAGAUCCUUGUAGAAAGCUCAAUGGAAUCCUGAUUGGUCAACCACUUGUGUAGGAUAUUUUCAAUGGUUCAAUAUGAAUGUAAGAAUGUUCUUAUGUGAUUAUCCCCCCGUGAGGUAUGAUCCAUCAUGUUAGAUAAAUCCUUGAAUGUUGUUCUGAAACUGCAUUACAAUAUUGGUGUUGUUUAUCUUUAUUUUGGAAAAGUCUACAGUGAAUGGUUAUAAUCCUUGUUUGUGGAUACCCCUUGCUUUAUUCAUAAUCUUUCCUGGUCAUUAUAAGAAAACUUAAUCUUCUGUGAUUGUUAUUUGUGGUGUUUCGAGCAUACUAUAGUGAUGCGCCUGUGUAGCCAAACCACUUUCAAGCCUACUGCGAAGAGAUAUUAGCAUAAGCUGCAAACCUUUUCUGAAAUACUGUACUUUGAGUAUAAAUGUAUUAUUAUUCUUUGAUAGCUAAAGGAAUGUGAGGCCAUUUUUUUUUCCUGGUCAAACAUAGUCCACUUUGGGUGACAGUGACAUGUAUGUUCAAAUCUUAACUAUUGGUAGUAGUUACUGGAUUUAAUAUUAUGUGUCACUGAUUUGACAAUUUUUUUCAAUUUCCUAUCAAAAUCAGGGACCAUUCAGACCCUGUUGCCAUUGUGUGAAUUGAUUGAGCAAACAGCUUCUUCUUUUUUUCAAGCUAUUUGAAAAUAUUACUGGCAUUUGGAAUGUUGAAGGUGAUAGCACAAAUGUCUAUGCACUGCACAAGGAGCACUUUAUGCUGAAUAUAGACAUGCAAUACCACUCGUGCACUGCUAGACGCUCGUAAUACCUCUACGAUUUCAUCAGAUUGAAAGGUUUGGCCUGCCCAGGAACUAUUCUUAUCCCAACUUAUCGAUUGUCAUGCUUUCAGAGAUAUACCUCACUUUAUUGAACUAGUGAUUAGCAUCUGAUGAUGAGAAAAGAAAAGCAUGGCAAUUGAGAUUGUCUGGUUAGAAAAUAUCACUUUCUUUAUGUUAUAGAUAUCUGUUUGAUACAUGCUUUCCCAAGGUGAUGGCAAAACCUACCUGUUAUGAAUGCAUUACCAGCUGAAGUAAAUAAGCACAAACAUUUGGUGAAGGGUUAGGUGAUAUGAGGCGAAGCAGGAAAAAUCUUCUUGAGUUAUAUACACCAAGGAUAUGACUGCCUGGUUUCAUUUCACAUUCUUCUUUGUUGUAGGUCGUGCAGGCCAGUAGAGCUUUUCAAGAUGGAAAGAUAGAAAUGCCAGCUGCAUCUUUGUAAUGUAAAUAACUUGCAUGGCAUUGGGUGAAGAAUUGUAGUGGGCCCAAUAUGAAAUCAUAUGCAAAGAUGAAAUUGCUUUGUCUGUAAGUAAGUUUUCUUUAGAGAUGUAGGAUUGCUUGCAUUUGUCAAGGAAUUUUUGGGGCAAUUUGAUUUUGGUUUCCGCAUCAUCUUGUAAAGAAUGUUUGCAGACAUUAUUCAGUACUACAUUACAUAUAGAUACCAGACCAAAUUCUGUUGUGUUCCUGAUUGAAUGGUAGAACUUGUGAAGAGUUCUUACAAUCCUAUUUUAUUGUUCUUAUUUAGAGGAAUUUCACAUUGGGUAUCCACUAUUCAAUCAUGUAAGAUUUGUUGAAAUAUGGGCCCGUAUUCUGAAGUCAGGUUUACUUCAAAACUCUGGUCGAAAUUUGUGGUUUAACUAUGGAUAGCCAAUUGUGACAUAAAUAUCUGAUAGUAGAGACAAUGAAUCGGCUCAUUUGACACUCAAAUCAUACUUAAGUGCAUGGUAAGAAUAAGAUAGCUGUUUUACCAAUAAAGAAUUAUGAAAGAGCAGUGAACUUAGUGCAUACAAUGUAAACAACAUUUUGAAAUGUUUGGCUUCUCAUCAUUUUGGCAGACUUCGACAAUGGUCUAAGUUACUAGUAAACCCGACUUCAGUAUACGGACCAUAAUCUUUAAUACUUACUAAAUUAAGAAAGAAAGGAACAAAAGGGCUCAAAGUUGCAUUUAUCUCUUAAAAAGCUUUGACAUGUAUUUCAACUGGCUUUCACCUAUUUAAGUAUCCUAUACUCUGGGAUGAUACAAUUGAUUUUUUGUUACUUUUUUUUUUCUCGUUGUGCCAAGUUCACUGGCUGUUUAUUUUUUUCUUGUGUGAAUAGACAGCAUGCUGAAUGGAGAUUCAGGAUUAGACUUCACAUACCUUUAGAAAUAACAUGUAUCUGUAGCUUAGGAAAAACUUUACUUUGGAUUUAUUUUCCUUUCAUUAUUAAUGACAGUAUAAAUUUCUUUUAGUGCAAUCAUUUUUUUAACAGUGCAUUAUGUUGUGUCUUAGACUAUAAAUCAAUAAAAAAAAUAAUUCCAAUGCACAAAAAAUAAGAUUUUCAAGAAUUAUAGUAAUUUCUUAAUAUAAUUUAAAGGUCAAUUUAGCGGAGGGCAGGAAAGGCGAAAAAAGGUUUAGUUUUCCACACACACUUUUUCAACCCUUGUAUAAAAGACACCAUGUCACAAAGAUAAAGAUAAUCAAAUACAUUUCUUUAGGUCAUAUUUCAUUUCUUCUAAAAAAUCGUAUUUUUGCAGCUCGUGGAUUUCACAUUGCAUGGAAUCCUGUAAUCAA